UCACCUAUAAUAUUCAACUCCCAACGCCACAGUAACAUCUAUCUGAUCGCAGCGCAUUCUCGGGUCGAUAAAAUUUUAUAUGUGUGUGUGCGGCGUCUAUUACCUAUCUGCACCCCGCCUCGGUCCCAACGCCUCCAAUACUACCUGAACCUCCUCUUUGCAGUCCCUCGCCCAAUAAAUACUUCCUUUUCGUCUUAGACAUCCCGGGCUAGACUGGCCAAUCGGAGACCAAAAAAAAAAGGCUCGACAAACUGACAAGCAUGUCGGAAUCUCCCGCCAGACCCGGAAGGGUCAGCGACAACCCUGCCGUCACCGCUACCGACAAGAAUACAGCCAUAGGCAUAGCAGGCCUGAAGGUAGCGGCUGCUUUACUUAGAGAGGACGUCGUUGAGAACGCUGUCGAUGACUCGGAAGACCUGCCGGAUGACGACGUUAUAGAAGCAACUCAGACCAAGAACUAUACCCAGCGACACCACCACAACAGGCCUCCGGGCAGACUCGGCCGGGUUCAGGAGCUCGUUCCGUUCCCAUUCCUACCAAAUGUGCGCCCUCUAACAAUCUCAGACCUCGAGAGCUGUGUUGCACUGGAGGAUGCUGCGUUUGCAGACCCGGCGCAUCGGGCUACGAGGGAGAAGUUUGAGUACCGCUUAACAGUAUGCCCAGAACUAUGUCUCGGUCUCUUCUGCACCGUCGCCCCUGAUAAAACUGAGGGCUUUGAGAUCGAUACGUUCCCGACGGCGCAUCCCGUCGAGACGGGUCGCGAAAACGGCGCCAAAAGUGUUCUGAUGGCGCAUAUUGUGGCGACGCGAUCGCACGACGAAAUUGUGACUGACAAAGCCAUGGACUAUCCCCGUGACUUCCGCACUAACAAGCGCAACACAACUGGCUUGGGCCAUCAGGAGGCUGGCAGCACCGUCUGCAUCCACUCAUUCGCCGUCCAUCCUAAGCUCCAGAGCUGCGGCCUCGGAAAGCUCCUCAUGAAGUCGUAUCUUCAGCAGCUCAGGAACUCGGAGUGCGCACUGCGUUGCUCGCUUAUCUGCCAAGACUACUUGGUUGCGUUCUAUGAGCGGUUCGGCUUCUUGCACCUAGGAGAGAGUUCGGUGGGAUUUGGCGGCGGAGGUUGGCACGAUAUGUCACUCAAGAUCACGGGAUUACCCUCUUAUUCGGCGAGACCACAAUCGCGCGGCUGAUCGGCAUUUCGGGGUUUCGCUCGUAACAUUUUGGCCAGACCGGCCGGUAAAUCGGAAUGAGGUGUGCAGGUAAGGUGAGGUGAGAUUUGCGUUGAACUCACACAAGCAACAAUUUGCGAGUUCCUAUACCCAAUCACGGAGGAAAGCUACCGGUAAAAGAAAGAAAAAAAAAAAAAGGUCGGCAUUUACAUACGAGGACAGAAACACGACGCUGCUUCUAUCGUCCAAUUGCGGUGAUUUUAUGCAGUUUGUUCAUGGAUC